AUGUGCAGCGGCCUGCUCGUUUCCAGCGUCCAAUUACUCAACAAUGAGGAUGUUGGCCAUCUCAAGCUGCCGCCUAUCGAUUCGUGGUAUCAUUCGAGCUCAAUAGCGGUUAUCGAUCAAGAGCCGAUCAUCAACAAUAAUUGCAUCGACGAGUUCGAUGCGAAUGAGAUUCCCACGAAAUAUGAUGACGGUGACGAUUGGGUUACGGUGGGUUUCGCGGCGAGACCAACGCGACUGCCGGAAAAUUCAACUUCGAAAUGUGUCGAUGAGGAAAUUCAGAAAAUUGUCAAACGCGUCGUCAGGCUGAAUAAGGAUCUCGUCAGAAUCGCGCACAAUUAUCGUCGAAAAUCGCAGAAAUCGCGAAAAACGCGAAUUUCGACGAAACACAUGACGGACGAGCAAAAAUCGGAGCACAUUCGGUGGCAAAAUCGCAAAAACUCGCAAAAGUUUCGCGUCGAGCAGAAAAUGAGUUUGGAGCAUCUCAAAAAAUUGGGCGACAUUUUUAGAAAAUUGCUCGACAUCUUCGAAAAUCAUCGAUUGCCGAAGCACCACAUUUCUGACAUCUUCGAAUCAUCGUUGAACGCCAUCAACGAUCUCGAGCUCAAACACGGCCAACAACUGAAGGUCGUGUCUGAGAGAGAGAGAAAAUAUUAA